AUGAAACACAAUUCUAUCCUGGCGUAUAGACUGCGGCUGGACGACGUCCAGAAUUGGCUUCGGAACAAAUUUAACGAUCAGUCGAUUGUAGUCGAGAAAUCAGGAGAGGAAUUUGUCUUCUACCUACACAAGACUCUGACUCCUGAAAAGCACAUCUUCCCUCUGCAAGGGCUCAACCGCUCUGGACGGGAAAUCAGAUAUUCAUUCGUUCUGCGAUCAGUCGAGAGUUCAGACUCCAUCACAACUAAGGGUAAAUCUUGGAGUAUUCGACAACUGGCAGUGUACCACUCGUUCGAUGUCGUGAGUGGUCAAGCACUAUGGGUUACAUGCAAGGGAAAUACUCUCAAUGAAGAACUCUUCAAAGAGGCUUUGAGUGAUUCCAAAGAUGAACUCAACUCUGUUCCACAGGCCUUUGGGUUCUCGCUGGAGAACUUGAGAAUGAUCCUCGACUGGUGCGACAGUAACUGGGUCUUUUACAUCAACGAACUCUUCGACAACGUCAAGCCCAAAGUUGACAAAGCCAGAACCCCAGGGAUACACGAUGAAGCCAGACUCAGCUCUGAUGUGCGACGAGCAACAGGUCUCACCGAGAGCCCUACCGAGAAAUCACCCGGGUGUACGACCGUCACGUCGGACACGAGCAAACAUCGGGUUACCUACGAAGACCGCAUGAAGAAAUUUGAGGACAGAAUGAAGCAUCUCGAAGGGGAAGAUUGGGUGCAAAAGCUUCACGACUUUUCAUUUGAUGAGCUUCAAGGGCUUCAGCAGGGUCUCGAGAAGAUUCAGGAGGCUCUUCUGGUUCUCAAACUGAACAAGCAGGUCAUUCGACAACUUCGAGGGCAUUAUGAGUGCAUUCUGAACGAGUACAAAAUUCCAAUACUCGAAGGUAUCCAGGAUGAGUGCAAACUUUCAUUCCUCCAAUUUUUCCAGAGAUCAAAGAGUGUCGAGGCCAAUCUUGAGGCUCGACAAAUUCAGCUCGAGGCACUACUCCUGCUUGUCAAGGAGAGCAAGGAAAUGUACAAUUCCAUUCUACAGUACAAGACAAUCCAAAUUAACAAGAUCUACGCCGAGAGCGCUCAACUAUCUGCUCUUAAGAUGGAGGAUAUCGCGUUCAAGACGAAGCGAGAAACGAGUUCGAUGCACAUUAUCACUUUUGUCACUCUUGUCUUUCUACCUGGGACAUUCAUGGCUGUAGGUUCUCUGCUCUUCCUUCUUCAUUCCCUUCUUCUCCAUUUCCCCCUCUCUCCUUCAAAUACUGAUGAGUAUAGUCCUUUUUCCAAAGCGGUAUCCUUGAAUGGCCUCAUCUCAAUGAUGAUGAGCCAUGGACACUAA